AUGAUGCAUGGUCUGCAACUGCAACUAACUUUUUUCGAUGCUCAAGAUUCGCAACUUGAAGAUCCAGAUUCACAAGCCUCACUUUCCGUACCUUCUCAAACUUAUUAUGACCAAGCUACUCCGUCAAUCACAAGAUAUGUUCCCAGUGGGUCUACAGAUUUAGCCAACUCAACCCGUCCUGCACAUCAAAUACAACACACUCAACAACUGUUUCAAGUACCACAAGAGCACGCAAAAGCACAACCUCCUCGAAAUGAUACAAGCCUUCUAAAUCAGCAACAAAUACACCAACCAAUGGAAGACUUGGAUACAGAUGAGGAUGUUGAUCCUGUGAAUAACUCCGAUUGGGUACCACGCACACCGGCAAACCACGUGAUAGCUUCUCAAUUUACACCAACAAGUCAUAUAUCAGCAACAUUUCCACCUAGAAGUAGUGGUCAUGGCCAUCGACGCAUACAAACAGCAACACUUCCUUCACAAUCUUAUCAUCAGAUGUUUGAAAACAUCAUGCGCACUGACCAAGCGAACGUGCCCGCUCCUAAACCAUCGCCAACAGCAGAGGCAAUUUCAACUGGGCUACUUUCAGCAUCGGCAUCGGCAUCAGCAUCAGUACCAGCUUCAGCACCUACAGCCGUUUCCGCGACAACAACAACAACAACAACAACAUCAUCAUCAUCACCUCAACAGAAAAAACUACGCAAAAAUCGUCCUGGUCAUAAAUUUGGUGCGCGAAAGAGAUCAUGGGUUUGGUCAUGGUUCAAACAAGAUCCAAGUGAUUACAACCUUGCAAUUUGUAAUGUAUGCAAUAAAUCUAUACAAAGAAUUGAAUCUGAUAAAGGAUCUCCAAAAAAGUUAAGUGAGCAUUUGAAGACACAUAAAAUUGGCAGAAGCGACGCUGUAGCAACAGGAAGAGUAAAUUUGUUUUCAGAAGAAGAAACUGGUAGUAUUCUGUCACAUCAAGCUCAGGUUCAAAAUCAGAACCAACACCGACCUCAAAGCCAACAUUACCAUUUGAAACAGCAACAUCAUCAACAACAUCAUCAACAACAACAACAACAGCAGCAGCAGCAGCAGCAGCAAUCGGAUCUGCUGAACAUUCUUCGACACAGAGUACAAGAUACAAAUAAUGCGACAAUGAGGUCGAAAGUCUCUCCAAAAGAAUCCGUAGCUUGGGGCGAUACACAAUCUGAAACCAUUGCACAAACAAACCAACAACAACACCUGCCUCAACUUCAGCAACAUCCUGGUUCACAUCCUCAUCCUCAUCCACAUUCUCAUUCCCGUGUCCUUUCUGACGAAUUAUCCGAAUUUGAUAGCUCUCCUUAUAAUCCAAUCAAGUUCCAUAAACAUAUAUUGCAAUUUCUCUCAGAAUACCACCUACCAUUAAAAACUCUACGCAGCAAAUCGUUCCUACAGGUAAUUUACGACUUGCGGCCCCAAAGCAUCUCGGAUUUGAAAGAAUUAACCACGUUAUAUGACUCGGUAAUGGAAGUUGGGCGAAUAAGUCUGAUUCGAGACGAUCAACAACACGACGAGGAUAAUCUGAUACGAGUUGAUGAGAGUGUCGCCUUGCUUACAACAAUGAUGGAACGUGGUGCUCCAAAAUGA